AUGGCAACAAUCAACACCAGCGUGAUUUACGUCCUGAAAAACAGCUUCACCGCUGCAGCCAAGAUUCUUGCUCAGUCUUCAUUCGACGGCUCUCUUUCCAUGGUCAACGCAAGCAAUGUUACAUCCAACAGCCUCUGGUUCCUCACGCCUACACACACUGCUCACCAGUACCACCUUCAUACUGUUGCCAACGGUGUGCAACGGUCCCUGGAUGUCAUUAAUGAUAACGGAGUGCAAAGCAUCGGACUCCACAUGACUGGGACGGGAGACUUCUCGGGCCAAUAUUGGCAGUUUAACAACGUGCCGGGAAACUAUCCUUAUAAGCUGAGCAACGCCUUCACGGGACCCAGCAAGUAUCUGGAUGUUUAUUCGGACACAUAUGUAGCUCAUCUGUCCAGUGGUGAUUUUAGCGGUCAAUACUGGUCGCUGACGCCUGCAAACACCGUCAUUGUGACUACGUCUUGA